AUGUCCAAAAGUAUCAAAGAGACGAGCGUUAGAAGUCCUUUCUUGGGGAAGGAACUUACGGAUGAAGACUUGCAAACUCGAUAUGCGGAAUAUCUGCUCACAGACCCAAAACUUCCAACCAUUACCACUAGCGCAGAUGGGGCGACUAUUACAGUCACCAGUUAUUUCGAGGAUGCCGAGCCCAAGGAACUUUCUGUAGUUUUGGAAGAAGAAAGAGCACCAGAAAUUGAGGUCCAACCUGAAGAUAUCGAUGCGUUCAAUCUUUACACUCCGGAUGAAGAGCAAAGCGAGAUCGACUGGGAUGAGCAAGUUAAAGAAGCCCCAAAGCCAGCUCCUGUCGUCGUUAGAGAGAAGCUGUCCGGUCCGGCAGCUCUCCGUGCAAAACACUUGAAAGCAUUACUUUCAACCAAAGAAUAUCUGCUCAGAACCGCCAAGCGCGUCUUGGAGGAACAAGCCAGUCUUCCGCAAGCACUCGAUGGAGAUGACGCUCAACCAACACGAGAUGCCAUCCUAGCAGAGCUGCACCUCUACAGCAUCGGCAUCAACACCCGCAAAUGGGCUCACAAGAAACAACUCCUCGACGACCAAAUCGCUUUCGCAGCCACCGACGCCGGCAAAGCAGCUGAUAUGGUCUUGGACGCAGAAAUGAAAGCACAAAGAAAACUCAAGGACAAAGAGAAGAAGCAGCGACAGAGGGAGAAGAAGGCUGCGGAGAUGGCAAAGAAGAAUGAGGUCGUGAAGGGGAAAGGUGGGAAGAAGGGGAAGGGUGCUGAUGCUGGGAAGGGGGGGAUUAAGAUGGGGAGGCAUGAGGUGAGAGAUAAGGUGAAGGGGAAGUCGGAUGGGAAAGGGAAGGGGAGGGUUGAGAAGAAUGAGAAAGCGGGGAGGAGACGGGGGAAGAAGGGUGGGAAUAAGGGCCGGGAUUGA